UGAAUGUGAAAGGCAGAGAGAGAAGGGUAGAAAAACAUAAAGCACAAAAAACAAACAAAGCUGGCGCUGAGCAGUCCAUUUGAAUUGUUAGAUACGAUUGCACUAUUAGGAAAUUAGUCGCCGUUGUGACAGCACCGUGUAGCAGCUCGGGCGUGCUAGAUCCAGAAGGAUUUUAUUAUUAAAUUUCAAUUUGCUCUAAAUUCGAAAGUGAUUCAGCGGGGCUCUAAUUUCCGGAAUCUUCUGUGGCCAACUGAACUGAAACUGACCCUGAGAGGUGCUUCGGCGACGACCCCGAACAAAGGAAGGCGCAGGCCCAGUGCAUCACUGGCAACAACGUAACUGCAGCAGCCGAGCAACUUAACUGGCCAGAACCAGUGCCAACCGAAUUUGGUCAGAACCAGUUAGCAACUCUCUUAUUUGCGUCGCACUUCCGCGAUUCCGCAAGCAGCCACAGACAAAGAGCUCCAAAUAUGGACGCCAAGGACAACGGAAACCAAGGCCAGAAGCAGCCGCAGGAGCCUAGCCACCUCCAGGAGGACCUCGACGAGCGUCGCAUCCGCACGGACAGCGAGAGCUCCAUCGACAGCAUGACCCGCUUCGUGCUCCCCAGCCUGGACGGGAGUCCCCCAAAGAUUGUCACCCUGGACGAGGUCUCGAGCAUGUUCAAGAACCUGCGCAACAUGGAGCUGGCCCACGAGAUAGCCCUCAACCCGGACUUCAAGUUGCAGCAGUACGAGCCCCCACUGGACAGUCUGGAGGGCCGCAUCAAGACCAUGGUCCACAAGGCGUUCUGGGACCUGCUCCGCCAGCAGCUGGAGCGCCAGCCCCCGUCCUACGACCAGGCCAUCCGUCUGCUCGCCGAGAUCAAGGAGUGCUUCCCCCAGCUACUGUCGCCAAGCAACGAACGGGCUCUGGCCCACAUCAACGAGGUGCUCGACGACGCCGUCAUCCGUCAGCAGGCGGAGCGCGGAGUCCUCGACUUCAAGUCGUACGCCAAUUUCGUGAUCAACAUUCUGGCCAAGUCCUGCUCCCCGGCCCGGGACGACGCCGUGGCCAAGCUGCGCGAGAUCGAGGAUGUGGUUGACACCUUCCGCAGCAUCCUGGAGCUGAUGACCCUCAUGAAGCUGGACAUGGCCAACUUCAUGCUGGCCCUGGCCCGCAAACAGAUCGCUGCCAACUCGGUUCAGUACGAGAAGGAGAAGUUCAGCAAGUACCUACGCGAGUUCCAUGGAAACGCUGGCUUCCCGGCCACCGAGGAUUGGCUGAAGCGCCACCGCUCCGGCGGCAACAUGGACGAGACCAUUUACAAUGCCUACAUGCAGCUACUCGACUACCCGGCCGACAAGGAGUUCCCGGAGCUGCUCCGCAUGGACAAGGAUCGCUUCGUGGGCCUCACCUGGAGGGCCCAGCGCCUGAUCCUGUGCGCCUCGCUCAUCUCGAUCGCCCAGAGCACCCCAAUCAUUUCGCAGAGACGCGAGAAUCGCAUCCAACUGGCCCAGCAGCUGGACAUCAUAGUUCAGGAUGUCAAGAAUGAAGACCAAGUUCCCACUGCCAUGGAAAGCUGCUACGAGCAAAUACGCUCCUUUGUUAACAAGGUCCUGGUGCAGGAGCAACUGCCGGCCAUGAGCGAGGCCGACCAGGAGGCGCUGAAGAGCCAUGUGCUCCGUCUGGCCAACAAGGCUUCGCCCGUGCCCAGCCUGAUGGCCAAGCGACUGGACGGCUAUGUGCGCGUGGCCUUGCGCUCCAACGGCAGCAUCCCGCCGCCGCCAGCCGGAUUCGUUGACUUCCAGGAGGAGCUGGUUGCAUUUAUCGCCUCUUUCCGGCGCCUGGUCUCCUACAAUCACGCCGUCUUCGGCGAGCACUUCCACGAGAUCCUUAGCCAGACUGUGGGCGCCGUCGAUGAGGCUUCCGAGGCAGCCGCAUCUGGCACUGGCAUCUCCGCUGCUGGGCAGGCUCAAGUGGCCAAGCCAUAGAGGGCGGAGGAGACACCCCUUCUCAGGACGUAGGAAAAAACAAAAAGAAAAGCACACAAACCCUCUAACAUACCUGUAUUACACAACCGGAACUACCGGAAUCGGAGGAUGUGAUCCAGUGUUUGGACGAGCCGGAACAAGAGUAGAACUCACUCGGAGACUCGCGUGCGAGUGCCCCUUCUCCAUAUAUGUAAUGUACACCUCCCCGAUAGCUUCAUGUGACUCUGGCGUAUACAUUCGGCCCACAUCCUUAACCACCAAACAAGAAAUGAAAAACGGAAAACAAGAAACCAAAACCUAGCCCCCGGAAUUCUCGGAGCCUCCGGAUUUUUGGAAACCGCGAGAAUCAACUUUGCCGGGGCGACUGUGAUAAAGAAUAAUCGUUUUUAUGUAUAAAGAGGUGCCCCUCGUGGGCUCCCAACUUCACUCUGACAGCUACAGAUCUUAACUAUAUACUUACCAUUGAAAUAUACGUGUACUCCUCUAGACUAACCCCACAAACCCCAUGUCUGUAACCAGGAUCUAGUUUAGUUAAAUGGUUCUAUUGAUCGACUGUGACUCGGAACUCGGAACUCGGAACAUGUGCAAGCAUAGAUGCCUAUGAGUAUCUUAGACUAUCCUUAUACAAGUGGCGUAUAUCUGCGCCGAACAAAUAAAUACAAUGAAUUUAACAAAUAGUUCAUAACCCCUAUUCCUGGGGACUCUUUCUUAUCUUUUAUUUGUGAUAGAAUUCGGUUUAUUGUUAAGUUCUUUAUUUCUUAAAAUAUACUUCAUUUUUGUCUUAAAAUUAUAAUUUAAUAAAGUAAUAAUCAUAUUACAAUAGA